AUGGCCGCACCAUUGGCGGACGCUAAACUUAGCCAAUCUCUCCAAUCUAUCGUUGAUAAGAAUGAGAUUCGCUCUGUAAUCUACUUGGACCGGAUGGCACAACUGCAAGUGCUGAGACUGCACCGCCACAACAUCAACGAGGCCGAUGGCCAAGAGACCUGGAUUACUUUCUUGGUCCGAUACGUAGACCAAUUCGAGAAGAGGGACGGAUCAUGGAAGAUCUCGCACCGUUUUGUUGCCUUUGAUGUCGUCUCAGGCAAGGCUAUUAUGCAAUACUUGCCUAAAGCCAACCUAGGCACUCGAGAUGAGGAAGACUAUUCUAGGAAGGUAUUGAAGGACUGA